AUGAAAAUAGGAAGAGAGAGAAAGGGGGAUAGGGAUGAAUUAAGAAAGAAUCGUGUGUUACUGGAAGCCCUAUCCACCAAAGGAUACAACAUAACAGCCUUAAGUGUCGAUAUAGACCCCCCUAGCGACUCCAAUCCUAUUCAUUAUAUACAUUUAGAAGGUGCUUAUGAAGCUUUAUACAAAAACCAGAAGAAGUUUGACUUUUUAGAAAUGGGCGCUCCAAAAGGUCUCCUUGGGGCUGUUACUGGUUUAUCAAUUAUCGAAGAUUAUUAUACAACGCUAUCAAAGGCUACACUAGAGUCUGAGGGGUUUAGGAAGUUGUGGGAGUAUCCGGAUGAUUUCAAAUUUGAUUUAAUCCUAUUCGACUACACGAUUCUUCCAACUCUCUUGGGAUUUGUUCAUAAAUUCAACUACCCCCCAGUGAUAGGCUUGAGUGCCUUUGCAAUGCCCCCAUGCACUAGAGAAGUUAACGGGAGCCCUAACUUUCCAUCAAUCGUUCCUUUCUUUUCGAGCAAGUUUUCAGAGGACAUGAACUUCUUGGAAAGAAGCUUUAAUACACUCUUGUAUUACACUGAACGAUUUUACAGGCGCAAGGCUCUAAAAAACUCCCAAAUGAUGGCAGAGAAAGUGUAUGGAUUAGAUUUUCCUUUCAUUGAGAAUUUGGAAGAAACAAUUGACUUGGUUCUGGUCAACAGUCACACCUCGAUGGAGGUCCCGAGUCCCAAGUUACCAGGUGUGGUGCACGUUGGUGGAAUGCAGAUAAAGGAGCCUCAACCGGUUCCAGAGGAUGGUAGAAGUAUGUUGAAACAAUCAUACUAA